AUGGGGGAGACUGGAGCAAGGAGCUGGAGUGGAAGAAGUGGAGGUACACGGGGACAGGAGGAAGAUAUGAGCUCUGGCUGGAGGAUGGGCAGGCUGGUGCUGACUAGAGUCAGCACCCUUGCAGUACUUAAAUUCUAUACUGCUAAAUUCCCUGAGACACAUAGGCAGCAGAUUCAUUAUUCACUUGAAUUCCUUGUGGAUAAUCCCACUCCCACACCAUAUUGUGAUCUUGCCAAUAUCAACAAUCCUGGCACUUCUAAGAAAGUAAAUAAUUAUUUAAUAAAAGCAUUACUGAGUUGCUAAGAUAAAAAUUCCACAUGGCAGAGAGUCAUGGAAGACAGGUUUAUUGUGCUGGACAACCAUGAAAGUAGGUCAGAUACAUGCUUUCUGUAGAUUCUUGAUGGCUGUCACGGUGUGACAGCUACAGAAACAAUUGUGGUAAAGCUUCCACUUUUAUUUCUUGAACAGCUUUCUCACAUAGAUUCCUCCUACAAAAAUAAAAAUGAGAAAGAACAAAUUCUAGAAUUUUUUUUUGCCACACUAAUCAAGGCAGAUAACAGGGAAAAAGAAGAACCAGGCAACGAGGAGGCCAACAAAACUACUAUUAUGAAAGUGUAUGCCAAGUCCUUUUGGAGAAUCAGAUUUUUACAGCUGGGAAGGAAUGAGGAUUCCAAAGUUCACUUUCGUGGCUGUUCAGUGGUAAAAAGAAUUCCUAGCGAAGAGAUGGAUGGCACUGGGGAAGAAGAAAGAAAACAUCCUGAAAACAACGCACACAGUUCAUUAGCCAGGACAGCCAAAGGUGUUGCUGGGCUACUGCAUGUUGCUAUUAUAGGUAAGUACAUUCCACAUCAAGAUUUUUUUCCCCUUCACCCAAUUAGGAGAUUUGCAAGAGAGAUUCAAGAGAGACUUGAAUCCAAAAGUCACACCUCUCAAGAGCACAGCACUUCUAAUUUGAGAGAAAACACUCAGAAUGGUGGAAACAUCAGCGCUAAUAAACCAGUAAUAGAAGGAUACCUGAUACCAAGGGCUCUUGGACAUCACAGAGCUCUAGCAAAAAGAACAUCUGUUAUACCUGUACCUCAUAUUGCAUCUGUCCCUAUCAGUGUUACUUGCCAGUUUCUUAUUUUGGCUUCUAAUGGGCUUUGAGUUUUGGAUUACCUGAAAACUGCAGGUGAUGUUGGUCAAGAACUGCUCAAGACUGUAUCACCAUUGGGUUCAAAGCCACUACCACAGUUUGAAAAGAACACAAAAAUAUACCCGAUCAAUUGCAAAUCAAAAGCUGCAGAAGCGACACAGUCAGCUCAGAGACACUGCAAUGCAACAAGUCACCGUGAACAGCUGGCAAAGACUGCAUUAGCUGCAGGUUCAAGAGUCAAUAUUACAAUUUUGAUCGUACUUCUAAAUGGAUGUGAUACCAAAUUACCUCAACAUUUAAAGAUUUAUCAUAGGACAACUGGAGUGCCACAGUAUAUAUAGGACAAGCUUAUAUUUAGCUAUGCCAUGAAUUUAUAG